AGCAUCAUGGCGUUUGAGGGUGGGGGGCGGAGCUGUGGUGUUCAUGAACUCAUCUGCGCUAGACGAGCAGCAAGCUGUCAGUGGAGAGCCCAAGCAGUGAUUUGCCACAUUUUGAGGGUUUUAACAAGGACUUGCAAGAAUUUGCGGUCAGUUAGCAGACACAUACCAAAGGCACAAAGCAAUGGCAUUUUUCAAGAACUUUCAACAGAGUCUCCCUUCCGUCAGUUCCCUUCUGGACUCUGUCUCAAACACUGUCUCGACUGCUGUGGACGAUUUGUCCUCUGCAGUGAGUGACGUCACCUAUACUGUCAGUGACCAACUAACAGAGCAGGUCAAUACAAUCAUCAAUAAAGUACAGACUGAAGAGGAUGAAAAUGAGGCUGAAGGGUCUACUGACGAAGUCCAAAAGGACAAGAGAAACAGCAAGCUGAAGCGGCAGGAGACAGAAGCUAAUGCUGCAGACAUUGAUGGGGAAGGUCGAAAGAGCCGGAAAUCAAAAAAGAACUCUAUGUGGACUAUUGAAAUAGAUGAAGAGGAAAUCCAGAGAGAGAAAAAAAGACAAGAGGAAGCAAGAAAAGCUGAGGAUGAUGAGUGGGAGUGGUGUUACGCCCCUGCUAAAGGAUGGUAUCGUAAAAGGAGGGACCCAAACCAGCCACAAAGCUCAUCUCAGAGUACAGACAACCAGACAGGGAACAGUGACCAGGCGUCACAAAAGGUAGAGUCUGCCUCUCAGGAAGAAAGUGCCUCCUUGUCCAGCAAACACAAAAAUGAAGGUGACAACCACAAUGAAAAUGCUAAUGGGAUGCACCCAUAUGAUAGUCUGGAAGAACAGGACUUGUCUGGUGAUCCUGUUACAUCAGCAUCAAAGUAUGAAAAGAAUGGAGAGCACAAUAGUCUUGAGGAAGAUGAUAGUUCUGAAAGAUGUGAGAAAACGACACGAUCUAAAGGCAGACGAAAAGAUGGAAAUGAAGAAGAUGAAGACAAAGCAUCGUGUGAAGAAGGUAAGACAUCAAAACAAAAGAAGAAAGGACAAGUUUAUAGUGAUGAAGAACAGGAGGAGGGCACUCAGGACUCAAAGUCCAAGAGCUCAAAGGCAAAGAAGGACAAAGAUGGUAGAGACGGGGGUUGUCCAGAUAAAGGAUCAUCUGAGAGUGGGGACGAAACACCAAAAAAACACAAAGACUCGUCCUCUCACCAGCAUAGAAGUGGGUGGAAAAACAGGGAUGCUGAAAACGAGGACUGCAGCAGUGAAGCCUCAGCUGAGCAGGUUAAAAGGAAAAAAGGUUCAAGUUCCCUGAAUGAACUCCAGCCUCCACCAUACCUGGACAAAGACGAUCUCAAGUGUGGCUCAAGGGGCCGCAGUGAUUCAGCAGAGGGCAGUGGAAGUGAGGGCAGUGAAGACCCUGAGGACACAGAGAGUUACCUGAAUAAGGGCUAUGAGGAGGACGCACCCAGUGACAGCACAGCCGUUUUGGGCCCGGAGGAUAGCUUAAUCCCACCCCUUCCAGAAACAUAUGAACCAGAGGCAUUGGGGAAAUAUGGCACACUGGAUGUGGCCUUCGAAUACGACCCUGGUGAACAACGGCUUGCGGUGACAGUGACCGCUGCCACAGAUAUCCCAACACUUAAGAGCACUGGAAACAUUUCCUGGCAGGUCCACCUGGUUUUACUGCCCACCAAAAAGCAGAGAGCCAAAACAGGAGUCCAGAAGGGACCCUGUCCCGUCUUCACAGAAACAUUUCGGUUCUCAUGUGUGGAGCAGGAGGCCUUGGGGGACUAUGCAGUCCGGUUUCGUCUCUACAGUGUGCGGCGCAUGAAAAAGGAGAAGGUCCUAGGGGAGAAGGUGUUCUACUUAACCAAACUCAAUAUGCAGGGCAAGCUCGCUCUUCCUGUCACUCUGGAGCCUGGCACCUCAGUUCCUGGCUGUGGAUCAGUGGUGAGCGUCUCUCGGAGUGCGGGAGCUCUGUCGCACCGCUCAACUGGUGAAUCCUCCACUCCAGAGCUUCUGCUGGGUCUCCUUUACAACGCCACCACAGGGAGACUGUCCGCCGAGGUUAUUAAGGGCAACCAUUUUAAAAACUCUGCCACCGAUAAACUGCCAAACACUUAUGUGAAGCUUACAAUGGUGGACUCCAAAGGGAAAGAGAUGUCCAAAUGUAAGACCUCAGUCUGCCAUGGCCAGCCCAACCCAAGCUACAAAGAGACAUUUGUCUUCCAGGUGGCACUAUUCCAGUUAUCUGAGGUCACCCUGCAGGUGUCGGUGUACAGUCGGCGGAGCAGCAUGAAGAGGAGAGAGCGGGUGGGUUGGGUCGCUCUGGGCCUCAACAGCACCACAGAGGAACAAGAGGAACACUGGACCCAGAUGAAAGAGUCAGAGGGACAGCAGGUCUGCCAGUGGCACACGCUCCUUAAUCCAUAGGGGGAAGACGUGAAAUGUGGUUUUUGGUCAUCUGUACAGUACAGGGGUGUCCAAUCAUGCUCCUGAAGGGCCACUGUCCUGCAAAGUUUAGCUCCAACUGCAAUUAAACACACCUGAACCAGCUUAUAAAGGUCUUAGUAGGCAUUCUAGAAACUUCCAGGCGGGUGUGUUGAGGCAAGUUGGAGGUAAACUCUGCAGGACAGUGGCCCUCCAGGACUGAGUUUAGACACCCCUGGCUUUAGUAGGAAUUAGUAUGAGUAAAUAUUAAAGGAUUUAUUCACACUAAAUUGAAUAUUCAAUCCUAAUUUAUUCCUUCAUGUCACUCCAAACCCCACAAAGGGAGAACAUUUAAAUAAUGUUAAUUAUCUUCCAUGCUAUUUCAAUUAUUCAAUUGGAACUCGUCAAGCUUCAAAAAGGACACUGUGUGUAUAAUAGUCAGAAAUAACAACCGGAAUGAUCAGAUUCAGUUGAUGUCAAGAUUAUAAACUUAAAUUGCAAUCCGAUCAUCAUAUAAAGCUAUCUUUAGGCUUCAGAAAACUGGCAAUUUAGUACAAAAAUCAAGUACUUUUUA